AUGCCCCGCGCCGGGCGGGCGCUCGCGGAGGGAGGUCCCGCUUCAGGGGCUCGGAGCUCCCGGUGCCUGCGCGCAAGGCCCCUCGCCUGGGACCGGCUGGUCCCGAACUUCGGAGAAUGCACCUCUGGGAAGGGGACCGCGCGUGUUUGGAGGUCCAUCCCCUCGCUGCCACCCUCCAGGGCGGCGAGGGCACCCACCUGAGGAGCGGGAAGCCCAGGAACGCUCGAAAAGGGUGUGGCCUCAGGUAGGACGCGGCGGCGAACCCAGAGCCCGGGAGAAGUUGCCGAGGGUCGCUGGGGCCUUGGCCAGGAGCCGCUCUGCCCGAGGGGCGCCCCGCUGCCCAACUCUUUUUCUCCAUCUGCUUGGCCCCAGCUCCCGCCCGCCCUUCGCCUCCGGGCCCUGGCCUGGCCACAGCCGCGGGGACCUGCCUGCGGCUCCACGGCUAGGUGGCUGCCGCACAGAGACCCGACCUGGUGAACCAGCUGAGCGCCGGCUCUGUGUGUAAUCCACUAGUUCACUUUCAAAGCAGAUGCACCCUCCGGAGCCGCGGGCGGACUCUCCCGGACCUGAGCCAGGCCGCCUGUGUCCACCCACACAUCCUGGAGCGCCCACGCGGGAGUCCGAAACCCUGGCACUUUGGAUGGUCUGUCCUAUGUGGACAGGGCCCCAAGACUGUGCUGGGGUAGCCCCUUGUGCAGGCAGGAAAGCGGGAUUUAAGAGAUUACAAUUCCCUUGUCAGACCUUGCACAGUCCUGAGUCUUGAGGACCUUCUAGCCUAAGUCCUAGGGCAAAAGACCCGCGCAGACAGAGAGCUUCCAGGAGCACCCUGCCCCUGGAGAGGCUGGGGACUGUUCCGGAGCCCUCUGCCUGCUUGUCCUCAGUGGUCCCUGCCUAAGAUCAGAAUGGCCAUUCCAAGGGACUCACUCUUGGAUACCCUGUACCAUGUUUCUUUUGGGGUACAGGGUUUUUUCUAUAUUGGGGGAAGGGGCAGGGAUCACCCCAGAGAGAGGCUGCUUGCUGGUUGAGUGCUGAGGAGGUUCUGGCUUGGAAACUCAGUACAUCUGGACUCCAAAUGGCUGCUCUCAAGUGGUGGCUGGGUGACUGCCAGUGUCACAGAGCAGGGACCAAGGACAGGGCAGGGACUUCAAAAAUCACUGUGAGGCACCUCAGACUUCAAUGAUUAACUGAGGUCACUAUGGCCACCUAUUUUUGUUCACGGAUUCUUUAGACAUAUCAGUGCUACUCAUGGCUCAAUCCUUUGUAGUACAGGCUCUAUUGGUUACACACAGUUUAAGGCACCCACCAAAUAGAGCUCAGGCAACCCGUGGGAACCGCCAGCCCCAAACAGGUCUGUACCCUGUGUGGCUGCAUCACAAGCCUGAUACCCUCAGCUUUCCUAGGGAAAGCAUGGUGCCAGCUGCAGAUGCUGGUCCUGUGUGCUAUGGGACAGUGGUAUGGGAGGCGGUCAGCUAACCAUAGGUCCUCACUGCUGUCCCCAACAUCCCCAACACAUACUUAUAUUUAGUCUCUGUUCUCCUUUCCUUACUCCGUCUCCUCCUCCUCCUCCUCUUUGUGUCUUUUCCACACGGAUUUUUUCUCUUUCCUCUGACUGGACAAUACGGUAGAUCUGACUCUCUUUGACAAACUCUGACCUGUUGUGGUCACCCAGGAAGCUGACUGCUAGGCCUCAGGUAAAGGGGCCAUGGGAGGGGGACCAGGUGAUACAAGAAUUGCUCCCCCGACAGGUUAGUUACCCAGGGACAUGGGCGCACUGGCCAAAUGCUGGCUACAGAAGCAGAAUGUGCUGCGUGGAGGCGGGUAGGGGGCGGGAGAGAUUGGUUGCUGAGGAUUUGAAAUGAACCAUGAACCAAAGCUAGAAUGAAACGCAUGAUAUUGUCUAACCUAGAGUCAACACCCUAAAUUAUUUUUACUGAUUCAUGAAUGCACAUGCGAAUUAUUUUCUUUUACUACAAAUGUCUUACAUACCAGAACCACAGCUCCAAGCAGUACUUUUGAAUGGAACUACAAUAAAGUAUGAAUGUUAGAAUUUUACCAGAAA